AUGGUGUUUACUACUUUACCUAUCUACAUUCUUUGUUCAUUGAGUUUGAUUAAAGGUAAGCUUGAAGAACAGGUGAAGAAGCUUUUGAUUGAAAUGGUGGAGAACACUCUAGACUUUGUGAAAGAUCCUGUCAAUGUUCUGGAGGAUGAUAAACCCGAGAAUGACUGUGGAGUUCGGUUAUUUAAACGUUGUUCAACUGGAAUCAUCUUUGAUCAUGUAGAUGAGCUUGAAGGACCCAAAAAGAAGCCUAAUUUACGCCCUAAUAGAGGAGUUGAAGGAAGCUCUAAAGAGUUUAAGAAACGGAUAAAAUCAAUCGCUGUUGAUGGCUCCGAUGUUUUAUCUGCUGCAAUAGAAGCGGCUAAGAAAGCCUCAGCGAGAGUGGAGGCGAAAGAAGCGGCCGCAAAAGCUAAAGCUAAGAAAGAGGAAGAGAGAGUCGCAGAGCUGAAGAAAGUAAGAGGAGAGAAAUGGUUACCCUCUGUAGGUAAGUCUCAAUAUUUG